AUGGUUUUUCUAACAACUAAAAUCAUGCAAAGAACUGCGCUCUUUGUGACGUUUGGAGGUUUGGUCACUUCUCUGAUCACCACCUUCCUUCCACUGUGGAAGACGAUGAACUCUGACCUGAACGAAGUGGAGAACUGGUUCUCUGGACUGUGGCACACCUGCCUCUACACCGAGGAGGUGGGAAUUCAGUGCAAAGCCUAUGAGUCCAUCCUGGGGCUGCCGAUGGACCUGCAGAUCUCCAGGGUGCUCAUGUCGGUGUCUAUAGGCACCGGAGGCUUAGCUCUGCUGGCUGUUUUCCCAGGACUGGAGGGGGUUGAGGUGUGCGUGGGGCAGCCUGACCUGAAGAGACGGUUCCUGAUCCUCGGCGGGGUGCUGUCCUGGGUGUCAGGGCUCACCACUCUGGCUCCUGUCUCUAUUGUGGCCUACACAACUGUGGUGGACUUCUGGGACGAGGGUUUUCCCGAUGUGAUGCCACGCUGGGAGUAUGGAGAGGCCAUGUUCUCCGGAUGGUUCGGAGGUUUGGCUCUGGUCAUCGGAGGGACUCUCUUCUUUGUAGCUGUGUGCAUGGGCGACUUCGACCAGAGACCACCAAGCGUGUCAAACAGCCCGCAGGUGAAGCACAGAACAAAGCACUACCUGAAGACAGAGGUGUUAUAG